UGUUGGGCAAAAUCUUGUCGGUGGCUGUGGCUUUCGUCCUGUUUGGAUGGUGAUGGUCUGUCUGUGCGAACUGCCAGGUAUGCGCCGUCGCCGGCCGAUGCCGUGCGGUUCGAGCUGGAGAUGGCCGAGGUGCCGGCCGGCCGGCCGGCCACGCGGCCCAUGGCAAUCCCGCGCCGGCCGGCCGGCCUGGCGGCGCCCGCCGAGAGCGUGCUGCUGCGCCGGCGGUACCAGCUGAGUCGCAGUGCGGCCGCGGCCGAGCUGGUGCGGCGCCACCACUGCAGCUCAGAGGACGAGGACGAGCGCGAGCACCGCCGCCGCUUUGGCGAGGAGGGCGCCGCGGCGUGCGACCAGUCCGAUGGCGACCAGGUGGACGGCGGCGAGGCGGCGCACCACGGGCACAUCCGGCGCCGCCAGGGCGCCGAGCCGCCGGCCCCAGCUGCCUUCAAUGCCGAGCUGCCGGAGGAGGCGCGUGGCCCGGCGCUGGCGUCCAGCCUGCCCGUGGAGCUGGACGUGGGCCAGGAGCUGCGCCAGCUCGCCGACUCCCUGAGCCUCUCCCGCUCGGCACCCGGCGCGCUGCCGGCCCGACGCCACUACAUCUGGACGCUGAUCGGGCGACCGUUUGAGUUCGGAACGGUCCGAGGGGCGACGGCCCGGCCGCGGCCCGCCUCUGGCCGUCCGUGAGCCGCCAGCUCGCCGGGCCGGCGACCAGGGAGCGGCUGCAGCACCGACCACUGCCGUGCUCAAUGUCUUGCCGCGCGCGGCCCGCCAGUCAUCAGGUGCACGCGCCGCUCGCUACUUUUGCCAGUGAAGAGACGUUAUGAAUGAUCCUCCACAGUUUCGCUAGGGGGAGCCCAACGCAGGCGUGGUUUUAGGGCUGCCGGUUCAGUGCCUCAGCGCUCCCGGAGAUUACGCUGUGGUCGCCUUGGACAGUUUGAGUUAUAAGUUGGAUCGUUGUGCAGUGUGGCUCUCCCGCGAUCGGUUUGAAUGCUGAAUGAACUACGCAUUUUGGAGCAUGUCCGCAAUUUCAUCGGGUAGCUAACUGAACUCCUGAGAUCUCACUGGACGAACUAUGGCACACAAUGUGUUUGGUGUAGUUUCUGAAAUAGAUACCGCCUAGUUGGGGUUUUCAUGCAGUCGCGAUUGUACCGUCAUAGCCUUGAUCGAAUACUUGACUGUUUAAUAUAUCGGUAGCAUCAAAAUUAAGAAUGACUGAUAGAAUACCUCAACGCAACGACUCAAAUGAAUAUGCAAAUAGCGAUGUGAUGUGUUUGUGAUUUAGUUAACAACCCGUGUGGUGGAUAUGACCGUGCUGCUUAUGUCCCCGCCAAUUGUACAUAGCUGGCUGCUCAGUGAGCUGACGCCGGCCGCUAACUGUACAAAGUUUUCCGUCGGCGCCCGCUGGCGCCGUCUGCAGCGGAGCCCGCAGUGUCCGCCUGCGCGGUUUAGACUUUAGUUCCAUCUGGCGCCGGCCGGAGCCGGUCGCCGCCGGCGCCGCCGCUGCUGGCGCGUCGGCCGGCGUUCGGUGGUCUCCGGUCGCGCUGUGACGGCGAUUUCCCGGGUGCCUUUGUCGAGGUGCCGUGGACAGUGUCCGUCCAGCGCGGUACACAGCGGCCCCAGCGCCGCCUCGGAGCGGCCCGGUUCACCGCACAGUCUGUUCAGAUCAUGCGCGGUCCGCGGGUCUCCAGGUCUGAACGUUGGCCGAGUGUCCUUGGCCGCCCCGUCGUCGCCAUACGUGGUUGGACCGUUGGCUCCCUCCGUGUGCGCCGCUGGUUCCCUCCGUGUGCGCCCGGCCGGCCGCCGUCAGUCUCGCGGCGCGCGCGCCUCUGCGUGCCGACGGCGGCGGUGCGCCCUCCCAACUGGGACGCCGCCGUGUUACGUUUGACCGAUAUCACCUGUCUAUGCUGUUGGGCUGACCAUACCAUGUUGAUGAAAUAAACUCGAGCUGAGGGA